ACCCAACCAGUUGAUCAUAAAUUCACGGAGCCCAGCUAAGUAUGCAACAACAAAAAGAAAAUAACGUCAGGAUAUCGGGCCAUAUAUACCUCUAUAGCACCUAUAUAAGAUAAUGGUAGAGGGGGAUCGGGCGAGACAGAGGUCGAUGUUGAGGUGGGUUUGCGUGGCGGCGUUAUCAUUGAUUGCGUACAAAUUAACAUUUAUGCGUCCGUUAGCGCUAGAUAAUCUUAUCGUGAAUUUGCAACAAUUAGAUAGACGUGUCCAGCAGUCGCUGCCAAAUCCUCCUCUUCACCCAGUCAGUCAGUCAGUGAACAACAUGGCCAGUCAUCGAAUCAUCCAAUCUGUCAUGUACGCCGGCAAUUUCACCAGCUCAGAAUCCGGCUGGGUAAUCGGCCAGGAGCACGGAAUGCAGCAUAGCGAUGAGUGCAUCUUCCAGAGACGGAAGCCCACGGUUGCGCUCUUUGUGCUCUACGGACUGGCCGUGCCCACCUUGUCGGCCUUUGGACUGUGUACGAACUUUAUCAACGCCGUGGUAUUCAUGCGUCCCAAGAUGACGCCAUCGGCCUUCAGUUACCUGGCGGCCCUUUCAUGGAUGGACUGCAUCUCGUGCCUGCUCAUCACAUUGACUGCCCUGUCCAGGAGCUAUUUCUACAGCAGUCCCACAUGGAUUACCUACGACUAUCAGUGGCAAACGCCACUCUUUGGCAUCAGCACUGGCGGAGCGAACCUGAUCCUAGCAUGCCUGAGCCUGGAUAGAUUCAUCUAUCUGUCCAGUUUUAAAAGGAACAACGGGGCUCCGCGAUUUUGUCGCCGAAAGGUGGCUCGUUGCAUCAUCGUUGUGGCAAUAGGCAUAUCCAUCGUGGUCAAUAUGCCAUACUUUUUCGUCUUCUACGUGAGCGACUCGGGAACUUGUCACGUCACAGAAUUCUACUACACAAAUUUUUAUAAAGUUCAAAACUGGUUCACCUUCGCCUUGUUGGCCCUUCUGCCAGCCAUUUUCCUGCUCAUCGGCAAUGGAGCCAUUAUUAUAGCCUUCCGGAAGUGGACGAAGCAAAGUCGAAUAUGCCAGGCUAACAACCCCGCUGCCAAUAGUCGCACCACUGCCAAGCGAUAUCAGCACCAAAUGAAGUUGACCAUCAGCAUAGUGAUUGUGAUUACAUUGUACCUCUUUGGCGAACUUCCCGCACACAUGACGUCCAGAAAGAGCUCGUUGAAUCUUUUAUUCGGUGGUGAUACCAACAAGGUGGAUGGCUCCUUCAUUGAACAGCUGGAGGUGAUCUGCAUAACAUUGAAUGCACUGCAGUUGUCCCUGAACAUAGUUGUCUACGCCGUGAUCAAUCCAUCGUUUAUGCCGGAGUUUUUCCUGUGCCUCAAGGGAACCUCCGAUGUGUGCUUCGGUUUGUGUUGUUUCCGGGCUGUAAAAAGGACAUGGAGACGCUGCCAGGACAAGAGAAAGCAGAAGGCCACGGCGGAGGAGCGGGUGGUGAGCAGUGUGACUCCACAACAUCUGCCACCAGAUGAGGCAUUGCCAUGCGGUUGCGAAAGUUGGGCCAGUGACUCCAGCUGCAAGAUCAAUGGCCAUUGCAAGACGGCAGUGGGCACAUUCACCAUGAAGGAUUCCGAGCAGGACGAAGGAAGUCAGAGCCACCAUGAGUCGGAGGUUUUCUACACCAGAUCUAGCGCCUGCCUGCACACAAAGGAUUCCACACCCGACGAGGAAUCCAUAUUCAAUUCUAGCUUUAUAAUUAUAACUUAAGCUAACUUAUUCCGCAUACGUAACUAGAAUUAAGACUAAUAAUUUAUAUGCGCAUUGUGCUAUAGCGAUUAAACAAACGGUUCCAUAUCUUAUUGGUGAAUCCACGCGCUGCCUCCUCAUCGCCAUCAAACACCUUGUAGUAGGAGUGCCCGGGUUGAAUCUUGUGUAUCACUAUACUCAUCAUUCCUUUACCCAGCUUCUCAUCAGCGUGCAAUUUCCGUACCAUGAUGUGUCUUCUAGUAUUAUUCCCAUGGAUAUUGGUUGCGUUGCUCGUAGCAUUCUGUUGAGUCUGAACUUGAACUAGAAUAAUACUGCAGACUAAGCUGAAUACAAAAAAAUAAUGGAGAUACAUCUUCAGUUUGAUGUUAACCCUGUGAAUCCCAAAUGGUAACUAUUCUACUAAAAGAUAAAACGAAGCUGACUCCGAAAAAAGGUUUUACAGCUGAGCAAAUAGUUUGAAGUUUGACAAAUGAUUAACCAUUAACCGACAGAACAGAAUGUUUCAAACCAGUUUUUCUUUAUUAACUCUCAUCACUUGGAAAACAAAUAAAUGGCCACUAUGAGACCAUACAGACCCAAGACCUCGGCAAAUAUCAAUAUCAAAAUGAUGGCCACAAAGAGUUUUGGCUGCUGGGCAGAUGCACGAACUCCAGCUUCACCCACCACGCCAAUAGCAAUACCAGCUCCCAUCCCAGAGACUCCCACCGCCAGUCCAGCACUAAGGUUUAGGAAACCCUUGUAGGCGCUAUAGGGGCUGCUAAGGGAUCCAGCAAGCAGGACCGCAAUCACCAGUCCAUAAAUGGCUAUAAUGCCAGCCAUGACCACUGGAACAAUCGCCUUCAUGAUCAGCUGCGGAUGCUUGAUUGACAUCGAAGAGAUUCCCACAGAAGCCUUCGCUGUUCCAUAGGCGGCUCCCAACGUAGAAAAGACAAUGGCGCACACGGCUCCGAGGAUGCAAAAGAAGGAUGCGUAUUGCGGUUCAUCCAACGAGAGCUCCGGAGCAUUCAUAUUUUAGUCUUACGUCGUACUUCUCAAAGGAACAAUUCCAGUUCUCAAAUGCGAAUACGUUUGAAGUUCCCACACAAGGUGGAUUGAUAAUAUCAGAUACAUCUUAAAACAUUUUCAUAUAUUUACAGUCUUUAAGAAAAUGGAAAACAAUGUGCUCGUUAACCAAAACUAUAGAAUAGAAUAAUAAAAUUCAAACAAUGCGUCCUUCUUAUCAUCUAGAUGGACACCAAAAUA